AUGUCGGGGUCCGGUGGGGGUCCAUCUACGGCCACCAUGCAGGAUGUACAGCAGAUGAUCGCUAAGAAGGACGAGCUGGAAGCUGAGAUAAAGGCGUUCUAUGAGGUCCUGGAGGAUCAAAAGAAUAUUGGAAUGGAUGGACCGCUGGUGGACAUUGAUGGUUACCCGAGGGCAGAUGUAGACCUCUACCAAAUUCGGACAGCUCGGCAUAACAUUGUCUGUUUACAAAAUGAUCAUAAAGCCAUCAUGAAAGACAUUGAAGAGGCCUUGCACAACUUACAUGCACGGGACAAAGAAAAGAGACUGAAAGACGAAGCCGAGGCGCAGGCUGAAGCUCUACAACAUAACCUCGAUCUUCCUGUGCCCUUUGCUAGAGUCGACGCGGUCAGCCCAGGAUCUCCAGCUAGCAUGUCUGGACUGCAGGUUGGAGAUGAAAUUAUUGCAUUUGGCUCAGUAAACUCAAAAAACUUCCAGAAUUUACAGAAUAUUGCCACUGUAGUUCAGCACAGCGAGGGGAGACCCUUAAGUGUGACCGUUAUCAGGGAUGGAAAGUCUGUUCAUUUAGGAUUAACCCCACAGCGAUGGAGUGGAAAAGGACUUUUAGGG